AUGUGUGCCAACUUUGAAGAAGAUUUACUCUAUCAGUAUGAUGAGGAGACCCUUGUCCAUCAUAUUAAUAGAUCCAACGUAUCCCAAGGAUCAUCUAGCCUUUUCUUCCUUUCCUCAAAUCUGGUCGCUAAACGGUAUCCUCGCGGCGAGGAGAGUGCUGCCCUCUUAGCAAUUAGACGGGCAAGGCAGCUAGGGAUUUCGGUGCCGAGAAUCCAACGAGUCGUCGAAAGUCAUCAUCAUAAUAACAUUUAUGUUAUAUCGGAUCGAGUCAGGGGCCACACAUUGGAGGAGGCCUGGGUCUCCCUUAGCUGGCUCAGGUCAUUACUUCUCGCUAUGCAAUUACGGCGGUUUGUUCGUCGGAUGCGAACCUUGACGUCGAAAACUGCUGGAUCUCUUUCCGACGGAAAAUGCAGGUCCAUGUGGCUAGGGAACUAUUAUGGUCUCCCACCUCACGCCAGCUCCGAAACUAUCACGGCUUUUGUACGAUUCUGGUAUAACGUCUCCUCGUCACGGAAACGCAAGGCCUAUAGGACAUCAACCUGCACGUCAACGUUCGAGCCAGACCGGCACUCCCCCCUGACCUUCUCGCACCAAGACCUCGCACCAAGAAAUAUUAUCGUCGAUGAGAAAUUCCGUCUCUGGCUCCUGGACUGGGACCAAUCCGGCUGGUAUCCUAUAUACUUUGAGUAUGUGUGUAUGCAGAACUUCAGUGUUCCUUUAAGCUGGGGGUUGGUGGCCAAGGUCCGCUGGUGGAUAUUCUGUUGGGUCUCGGUUGGGAUAUUCUCUAUGGAGCAAAAAGUACUUCACCAAGCCUUGUCGAACUUCACUCGGUUCGCUGUGGGGCGAGAUGGUAUGCCUUUGCAAGGAAAUGCAAUGUAUCUUCAAGCACAGCCCAGAUAA